CGAUAAAGCUAUUAUCGCUGACAGAAUGUGGAAGUUUGGUACUACUGAACCCAAUAAACCAAAGUCCUUUACACCUGCUUCUGGAAUCGACUUUGAUCUUCCUGAACCUUCAUUUACUGAUGAUGACUUGAAUGACCCGCACCUACUGGCAGAGCUUGCUCUCUUAUCUGAGAGUGAUGGCCAUACAACUGUUUCUAACCCUACACCACCAACUACUAUUUUUUCUCCAAAAAAACUGCCAGUAAAGACACAACCCCUCGAAUAUGCAUUAGACACUGUCGUAGACUUGCCUGCUAGCCAUGAUGAAGAAGUCCAUGUCGAGUUUACCGAUGCUGACAUGCAUGAUCCUGAUUUGCUGGCAGAACUAGGGAAGAUUCAUGACCAUAACAGUCCGAAUGCUGCUCACACCACGUUUAGCCCAGAUACUACACCCACCCUUGAGAAUCAUGAUCACUUGGAAACAGCUAGUCCUAUUCAAGCCACGAAUGUUUAUAUACAAUCCAGUCAGGAGGCUGAUUUAGUACACUCCACUCAAACCACUACAGUGGAAUCUACGCUUUCUGAUACAGAUAAAUCUACAAAACUACCAAUCUAUAAAGAUGACUCGGACUUGCCAUUGGAGUAUCGUUUGAAAACUACAGAUCCAAACCUGCUUGCAAAAUAUAUCCAGCUCGAGAAAAUUCGUGCUGUCAAUAAAAAGCGUGAUGGAAACAAGGAAGGUGCAUUUGAAUCUCUUAAAGCCAUGAAGCAGCUACAGGCUCGUUUAAAAACAGUAACAGACGAGGCGUUUGCAAAGCCAAAAUCAGCUCAACCACUGCAGACUACCUUGACUACUUUAUCAAUUUCACAAAAAUUAGAUGCAAGGCAAUACGGUUCAGGUAGCAAUCUCUCACUAGGUCAUGGUUCUUUUUCAUCCCAGUCAAUACAAGCAUUACAACCCACAAUAACUCUUGAAGCAUUGCAAAAACGACAAACAGAAUACAAACAUGCUGCUUUAAAAUCUAAACGGGACAAUGAUUUUAUUCGAGCACGAGAAAUGUUGCUGGUGAUUAAAAAAAUUCAAGAUGCAAUUGACCUCUACACUGCUACUAGUAGCAUUUCUCCUGGAUUUAUAUUACCUUGCCCACCUUCUAACCACCCAUCUCCUAAACUUUCUGGGUCUCCAAAGCUGGGCGAGCAGCAUAAGUCGGCUAUGGCAAGUAGACUUUCUGUAAGAUCAGCUACAAGCUCACAAGUUAAUUCCACGUCAAAUUUAGAGUCUGAAUCAAGCUCUCAGGUUGUCACAUCAAGCGAAGCUAAAGAUAUCUAUGAUCAUCUUCUUAAAACACUUCAGUCUCAAAUUGCAUUGUGCACAACUCUUUCCACUAAUUAUUACAAAAGUAAUCAAAAAGAAAUUGCAUUGGAGUUUCACCGGAAAAAAAAGCGAAUGGAAAUGGACUCGGAAGCACUAAAACAUCUACGCAAUUUAAAUAGCCCAUCUACCGUUAGUGACAGUCCCUCUACUUCACCAGUGUCAUCUUCAAAUGUGAUGCUACCGUUUAUGUUUCACUAUGAAGACCUAGAAUAUACGCUCGCACAUACAAAUCAGGACGUGCCGCUGGAUGAAAUGGAAAUAAGUAUUUUGAAAGCAACCGAUUUGGGAAACCGCGAAAUUGCUGCUGGAGAGGUAGACAGCAGCGUUGGAUAUGAUAUAGGAUGGCCACAGGAGGGAGAUGUAACUACUGCAGAAGGACGUGGUGAAACACCCAUUGUACGAAAAAACUCUAAUCCAGAAUAUGGCUUCAAAAGGAAUAUUCGCAUUAUACGAAGUCGACCAUUUCAGAGGUUUUUGGAAAGAAAAAAGGUUUUUUUUGAAGUCAUUCACACCAAACCCGGUAUUCUAUCUAUGCUGAUGACAAGACAAAUAGUGCUAGGAAGAGCUGCGGUUAAACUAGAGCCAUUGCUUACAAAAUGCGAGAUCCAUGAAAUCAUCAAGCUCGGUGAUCCAUCCAAUCCUCGGCGUGAAACCGGGGCUACUCUAGAAAUCAAAAUCAGACUACGCACACCUAUAGUCAAACCUGAUAUAGUAACCAAAACAGAGCGUUGGUUAGUAGUAGAACUUGGAUCCCCAAUUUCAGCAAGUACCACUGAGAUCACUGCUCAUACAGGCGCUUCUACUAGUCCUCGAACAGCAUUUUCUAGAGGAAAUAUAGCAUCACCAUCAAAAACAAAUGAUCCCACCAAAGCGAAAAAUCCGCCUCGAGUGAGCUCUCCUGUGUCUCCAAAUGAUGGAAAUGCAUCACCAUCAAAACCUGUGCAAAACUCUACUCUGGAUACUAAAGCAUUGCCUGCAGUCGUAUCGCCUGCUCCAGCACAUGAAUUGGCUCAGCCCAAGCCUGCUCAAAAAGAGAUUGUGGAUCUCGACUCACUUGAACUCGACUUUCAAAAUCCCGACAAGAUCGCGUCAAACCAAGUAUUGGAACAUGAGCAUGGACAAAUACUUGCACAAAUUGCACAACUCACUGUUACUAGAAAGCCUAUACCAGAAGAGAUACAGGAUAAAAAAACUGCAUAUGAGAUUCGAAUGAAUCUGUUGGUGACUUUGAUUCAACUGGGAAAAUUAGAUAUGACUAGCUAUGUGGCACAAGUCAAGACUUCAAUUACUACGACUCGCACAGCAGCAAUGGAAUUCAAGCGAGCGGGAAGAAUGGAUUUAGUGAAGCAGGCAUUAAUUCGAGUAAAGUUGAUGACUGCUGAAAUGGAGGAAGUUGAACAGUCAAUGUAA